CCUGCAUCUGUUUGAGAACAUUCACCCCAAAAUACCCCAAAAUACUGGUAUUUCAUUCAAGGUGGAACACGGUCCCACGUACACAGUAGAAAUUACAGGCUGUAUUUAGGAAAUUUGAUUGGGCAUUCAUGAUUGCUGAUCAAUUGUUUUCAUUUUGAGGGAAAUAUUGGUAUUUUUAUUCAAAUAAGGCUAUAGCUGGGGACGUAUGUCUAUUUUCCCUUCAGUCUUUUUUUUCCUGCAGUUUGCAUGUAGCUUUGCAUAGAGUUGGUUGCUUGGUGUGGUACCUACUGAAUUCAUUUUGGAAGCCUCUUCGCUGCCAUGAGCAGAGGCUGGGAAUUUUCGGGCAGAGGGAUGAGGCUCCAGCCUCCUGUGUGGGCCUCGGGGGCCUGCUUCUCCCCACAUGCAUUGUUCCAAAGGGGAUUUCAGACUGUGAAUGGGACCUGGUGGGGUUGGAAUGCUCAGCUGGAAGGCCGCAGUCGGCAGGGGGCGCAAUGAGCCACGUGGCUGGGGAGAGCCAGAACCAGGCUGCCUGUGGAUUUCGGGGGGCCCCACGGACUGGAAGGGGGUGGCUUUCUCAGCCUAGAGGCUUGCUGUCCGCUCCAGGUUAAAUGAUGCCCAGCAUGCGCACCGUCUGGCCCAUAAGUAGCACAGACUUCCCCGGAGGAGGAGCCCGUUUCGCCUGGAGCGGAAGGGAGAGGGGCACUGCACGCUGGAACUAUCCUGGAACGGCUCUGAGCGAACGCCGCCACCCUGAGCUCGGCGGAUGCUUCUUGUUAGCAAUCCGUAUGCGACUCGCUCCGUGUCACGACGCCAGCCCAGCAGCCAGCCCAGCCAGUCAAGGACGGCCACCCGCACCCUUCUGCCUUCACCUGCUGGGCAGGGAAGCAGGGACAGGCGGAGAGAGUGAGCCCGCGUCCCGCAGGCACCAGGCCGGGGAAGGCUGCGACCAGCAGGUGGUGGUCCCCAACGAGCUCUUCCUGACCCUGGGGGCCACGAGCUUCGUGGAGAACCUGCUGGUGGUGGCCGCCAUCCUCAGGAACCGCAACCUGCACUCGCCCAUGUACGGCUUCAUCUGCUGCCUGGCCGUCUCGGACAUGCUGGUGAGCGCCAGCAACGUGGGGGAGACCACCUUCAUGCUGCUGAUCGAGCACGGCCUGCUGGACAUGCAGCCGGCCGCCGUGCGGCUGGUGGACGACGUCAUGGACAUGCUCAUCUGCAGCUCCCUGCUGUCCUCGCUCUCCUUCCUGGGCCUCAUCGCCGUCGACCGCUACAUCACCAUCUUCUACGCCCUGCGCUACCACAGCAUCAUGACCUUCCGGCGGGCGGCCGUCCUCGCCGCGGCCGUCUGGGCAGCCAGCGUCGUCUCCAGCAGCAUCUUCAUCGCCUACGACAGCGCCGCCGUCAUCCUGUGCCUGGUGAUCUUCUUCGCCGCCAUGCUGGUGCUGGUCGUGGGCCUCUACAUCCACAUGUUCUCGCUGGCUCACCGGCACGCCCGGCGCAUCUCCAGCCUGCGGCGCAAGCAGGCGGCACCCCCGUUCGCCAGGAUGAAGGGGGCAGCCACGCUCACCAUCCUGCUGGGGGUCUUCUUCAUCUGCUGGGGGCCGUUCUUCCUGCACCUGCUGCUCAUCCUCCUCUGCCCCAACCAGCCCCUGUGCAAGUGCUACUUCCAGUACUUCGGCCUCUACCUCAUCCUGGUCAUCUGCAACUCGGUGGUGGACCCCGUCAUCUACGCCUUCCGGAGCCAGGAGCUCAGGAGGACCCUGAAGGAGGUGGUGCUGUGUUUCUGGCGCCCGCGAGAAGCCCCGGCACGCCUGCAGGAGGCAAGGCCUGCUCCCGCAGCUGCUGCCCGGCUCCCCUGCUCAGCAGCGGCCUCCUUGGCCUGCCUGGGCCAGCCAAGCCCUCCUCCCGCAGCCACGGUGACCGGACAUCUGCCCCCUGCACCAACGCAGGCCUCUCUGCACGGCCCUCGAGUGGUGCGGGGGAUGCACGAGGGCGUGCGGCUCUUCCGAGCAGAGCAGUUCCGCUGCUCAGCCUCGCUGGCGGCUCUGGUGGCAGGAGAUGAGGGGGCGGCUUCUGUCACCCAGUCCCUGCUGAGCAAGCGGCCCCAGCUGGUCCCCGUGGGGCUCCCAGGGAAGGGCUGCGGCACACCGCUCCGCCGCCGCCCGCGCCGCCGCCGCCGCCCGCCCGUCCUCCAGCGCAGCAGCCCCGCAGCCGCCCGCAGCAUGAGGGAGAUCGUCCACAUCCAGGCGGGCCAGUGCGGCAAAUACGUCCCUCGGGCGAUCCUGGUGGACCUGGAGCCCGGCACCAUGGACAGCGUCCGCUCCGGAGCGUUUGGACACCUCUUCAGGCCAGACAACUUCAUCUUUGGUCAGAGCGGUGCUGGGAACAACUGGGCGAAGGGGCAUUACACGGAGGGUGCCGAGCUGGUGGACUCCGUCCUGGACGUGGUGCGGAAAGAGUGUGAGAACUGUGACUGCCUGCAGGGCUUCCAGCUCACUCACUCCCUGGGCGGGGGGACGGGGUCCGGCAUGGGGACGCUCCUGAUCAGCAAAGUCCGCGAGGAGUACCCCGACCGGAUCAUGAACACUUUCAGCGUGGUGCCUUCCCCCAAAGUGUCCGACACGGUGGUGGAGCCCUACAACGCCACCCUGUCCAUCCACCAGCUGGUGGAGAACACGGACGAGACCUACUGCAUCGACAACGAGGCCCUCUACGACAUCUGCUUCCGGACCCUCAAGCUGGCCACCCCCACCUACGGGGACCUCAACCACCUCGUCUCGGCCACCAUGAGCGGCGUCACCACCUCGCUGAGGUUCCCCGGGCAGCUCAACGCCGACCUGCGCAAGCUGGCCGUCAACAUGGUGCCCUUCCCCCGCCUGCACUUCUUCAUGCCCGGCUUCGCCCCGCUGACGGCCCGCGGCAGCCAGCAGUACCGCGCCCUGACGGUGCCGGAGCUCACCCAGCAGAUGUUUGACGCCAAGAACAUGAUGGCCGCCUGCGACCCCCGCCACGGCCGCUACCUCACCGUGGCCACCGUCUUCCGGGGCCGCAUGUCCAUGAAGGAGGUGGACGAGCAGAUGCUGGCCAUCCAGAGCAAGAACAGCAGCUACUUCGUGGAGUGGAUCCCCAACAACGUCAAGGUGGCCGUGUGCGACAUCCCACCCCGGGGCCUGAAGAUGUCCUCGACCUUCAUCGGCAACAGCACGGCCAUCCAGGAGCUCUUCAAGCGCAUCUCGGAGCAGUUCACGGCCAUGUUCCGGCGCAAGGCCUUCCUCCACUGGUACACGGGCGAGGGCAUGGACGAGAUGGAGUUCACCGAGGCCGAGAGCAACAUGAACGACCUGGUCUCGGAGUACCAGCAGUACCAGGACGCCACCGCCGAAGAGGAGGGAGAGAUGUAUGAAGACGACGAGGAAGAAUCGGAGGCCCAGGGCACCAAGUAGGGCCUGGGCUGCGGGGCGGCGUGUACUUCCUCCCUGGGAGAGCGGAGCAUCGGCCCAGCCCUCGGAUCCAUCACCACCUGCCAUUUUUGCUGCCCACGGGCUGCGUUGUGUUGUAGGCAACCAGCUUCUAGUUGCUUCUGAGUCAAGGGUUCCAAAACUUAAAAGUUCAGUAUUUAACCAUCGCGCCCCAAUUCUCCCCUCUCCCCCUCCCCUCCCCCGUCUAAUGAGUUAGUGCAGCUUCCUCUGUCCAUGACUUUGAUAACUUCAAGGGCCUGGUCUUUAUUUUUUACUGGUCUGUGUCUAUUUUUAUGUUUUGGAAUACUUAAUAAAUCUAUUGCUGU